CCAUGCACUUCUCUGUCCCCAAUGUGUGUUUUACCCCCUUCUUCCUUUUCUUUCUCUUGCAGAAAAUGAGUGACUUUCACCUGGAUCUUAGCCCGCUCAAGGAGCCCCUGGGGUUCAUCAAGCUUCUUGAGUGGUUCUUCUCCCUGUUUGCAUUUGCUACAUGUGGAGGCUAUAAAGGUGCAACGACAAUUUUAGUAUCCUGUAAUGGACUUGUAAAUGGAACAGUAACAGCUAGUUUUGCUUAUCCUUUCAGGCUGAACAAAGUGACCUUUGGUUCGCCAGAUCCAACCCGAUGCAAUGGCACUUGGGGUGAAACCCACCUCGUGGGCAACUUCACCACCACUGCACAGUUCUAUGUAACUUUUGGAGUCUUGAUAUUCUUCUAUUGCAUGGCUGCCCUUGUGCUGUACCUUGGUUAUAUGCACCUGUACCAAAGCGGUGGCAUUUUACCAAUGAUGGAUUAUAUCUUCAGUCUUAGUGCCGUCUUUCUGUGGCUAGUUAGCAGUGCUGCAUGGGCAAAGGCACUUGUUGAUAUCAAAGUAUCAACUGGUCCACGCAUUAUUGAAGAAAUACCUGCUUGCAAAAUACCAGGAACCACCUGUUUGUUUGAGUCGGUAACCAACAUGGGAAGGCUGAAUGUGUCUGUGGUUUUUGGCUUGUUAAAUAUGAUUCUGUGGGCAGGAAAUGCUUGGUUUGUAUACAAGGAGACGAUUCUGCAUAAAGCUAACAAUGCUUCUCCAGACUCCGGACUUUAUCCACCUGCAUCAGGAAUUUAA